AUGAAGCUUUCCUCCAUUGCUGCCGUCGUCGGCCUGGCCGUGUCGCAGGCGUCUGGCCAUUAUAUCUUCCAGCAAUUCGCUGUUGGUUCCACCAAAUAUGGUGUCUAUGAGGGAAUCCGACAGAACACCAAUCAAAACCAUCCCGUCACUGGUAAUGAGAGGUCUCUCGCCGUCUUUGAUCUUGCCUCGCCCGAUCUCCGUUGUAACGUCGGAGGUGCCUCCGGAACCCAAACCUCCGUGAUCGACGUCAAGCCUGGCGAUACGUUCUCCUUCACCCUCGACACGGCCGUCUACCACCAGGGCCCGAUCUCCUUCUUCUUGUCAAAAGCGCCGAGUUCCGUUCGCGCCUAUGACGGCUCCGGAAAGUGGCUCAAGUUCAAGGAUAUUGGACCAACGUUCAGUAACGGCCAGCCUACGUGGCCCCUUCGACAGAUGUACGAAGGGCAGAUCCCAACAUGCUUGCCGAACGGAGAGUACCUCCUCAGGGUGAGCCAACUGGGCAUUCAUAACCCGUGGCCAGCCGGUAUCCCGCAAUUCUACACGAGCUGCGCGCAGAUUAGAGUGACUGGUAGCUCUGCUGACGCGGGGAGAUUCAACCCCACGUUGGACAUUCCUGGUGCUUUCAAGGAGACUGAUCCUGGAUACACAGCUAAUAUUUACCAGGGCAUCAGCUCGUACGAGGUUCCGGGAGGAAAGCCUGUGCUGUAG